AUGGGGCUAUGUCCUGGAAUCACGGCAGGUGACAAAUUCAUUCAGAUCGGUGACUUCCGGAUUGCGCAGAGCGCUUGGGAAUAUCGGGUGAGUCCUACGGGCAAUUAUUGGGCCGAAGCAUUCUCCAUCUCCCACCGAUCCGGCCUCGUCUCCAAGGCGUUCUUCUCCGACGGCGGGUUGCAGACAAACCUCGGCGGAGAUGCAAGCCGUCGUCACAACACUUGGUGGCGGGAGGCAAAGGAGCUUUACCAUGCCAACGUCGGGAGUUUGAAGUUCGGAGAUCGCUUCAUUGAGAUCGGUAAUUUUCGGCUUGGCGCGGAUGCGGACGAAGGGCAAGGCUACGACUCCGUGAUCCUCACUCAUAGGCACUUCGAUGUCAUACAGUUCUGGAAUCACAACGGGGGUCUGGUGCCUGGAGCAGACGUCCACGCAAAGUCGCAUCAUCGAGGAAAGGCCAUCUGGGCUCGUCCCGUUGGACCUCCAAGGGGUGUGAGCUUUGGCGACCGCUUCGUGCAGAUUGGCAACUACCGGUUUGGCGACUUCGAUGGGCACCACUUCACCGUGGCCCACAAAGACGGCGUCAUCGCCGAGAUGUUUACCGGCUAUGACGGGCUCCAGCACAACGGGCCGAUUGCCAAGUGGACAACGUUUGGCCGGCCGAUGAAAGACUGCAAGGUGAUGCCACCGAGGCAUCGCGUCCCCUGA